AUUGAUAAUUUCCCGGCUAAUCUCGUGCUACCCACUCUUCCCUCGUUCCACAAAUUGGACCCCCAGCGGUUGGACGUGAGACGAAUUCAGCUGGAGGGCUACCUCAAAACUAUCACCUCAGAGGAAUUCCUAUCAGAUCACCUCCACGUGUUGGGUCAGGUCAUCUUGUUCCUGCCAGAAGGAGAGUACGAACGACAGAGCACCGAGCUAAAGAGAAUGAUUGAUAUGAAAAAGAUGCCUUUGGGCAAGUUGUCACGGCGACAGAUAGAGAGUGCAUAUUCUGUCCUCUCUGAGCUACAACGAGAGAUUGUUGGGACUCAGAAUCCGAGCAAAAUCCUUGACUGUACUAACAGAUUCUACACUCUAGUACCACAUGACUUUGGCAUGACAAAACCACCCCCACUGAACUCAGAGGAGGUUAUAAAGAUAAAGACACAAAUCGAAAUGUUGGAUAAUCUACUGGAGAUUGAGGUGGCCUACUCGCUACUGAAACAGGAGGAUGGUGUGAGUGGAGGGAAGGACCCAUUGGACCUUCAUUAUGAGCUGCUCAAGACCAAGAUGGAUGUGCUGUCCGGCUCUGAUGAGUUCUCAAUGCUGCAAGAGUACGUGUCCAACACUCACGCGGUCACCCACUCUCAGUACUCACUGGAGGUGCUGGAGGUGUUCAAAGUGGACAGAGAAGGGGAGGGGAAGAAAUACAAACCAUUCUCAAAGCUCCACAACAGACAGCUGCUCUGGCACGGUUCCAGGAAGACCAACUUUGUGGGAAUACUAUCUCAGGGUCUUCGAAUAGCUCCACCAGAGGCGCCUGUGACUGGCUACAUGUUUGGGAAGGGAGUGUACUUUGCAGACAUGGUCUCCAAGAGUGCCAAUUACUGUAGCACCUCUCGCUCUGACAACGAGGGACUCAUGCUCCUCUGUGAGGUUGCCCUCGGAGACAUGUAUGAGCUGACCCACUCCAAGUAUGUAGACAAGCUGCCAGCUGGUAAGCACAGUACCAAGGGUCUGGGUCGGACCGCCCCCACUACUGACGGCCACAAGACCACUGAGGAGGGUGUGGUCAUCCCCAUGGGCAAGGGCUCCUCCACAGCCGUCGACAAUACCUCACUACUCUAUAAUGAGUUCAUUGUGUAUGAUGUGAGUCAGAUAAGAAUCAAGUACCUGCUCAAAAUGAACUUCAAGUACAAGUGGUAGCUAGAGAUCGACUCUUGGACUAGCUCUGUUACAUUUAGUUUUGUGUUGGUCUUUUUGUUGUACUCAUGUUAUGUAUUUACUUGUCUUUUUGGUGACAUUGUGUUUGUGUUCUAUAAUCCUGUGUACACAAUGUUCAUG